AUGCUGCACGGCCGCAGCACGCCUGGCCAGCCUUUACAAGCAACGCUGCAGGGAAGGUACACGUACUCAACUCACGAUGUCUUGGGCGAGGGCCGCGCGGCUCGGGUCUACAAGGGCAUCGACCGCAGGCUUGGUUCCCCCGUGGCUGUCAAAAUAUAUCGGGACACCGACAGGAUGUGCCAACACUGCUUUCACAACAGCAUCGAGAUGUCUUCCUGGCUGAAACGUCCGAUGGGCCGUUUGCCUGCAGGGAGCGGCGGCCUGUGGACUGUGGACAUCAUGGGCCAUUCCGUGGACAGCCGUGGCUACCCUGGGGUUGAUUCGGAUGGAGUGAUGUUUACGGUCAUGGAGCUCGGUACUGAGUCACUUGAGGAUGUGCUGGCGAACAGGUGCCGCGAGGAGAGGCACUUUGCCCUCUCAGAGCUCCGCGAGCUUCACUGGGCCCUGGUGUCCUUGGCUUGCCAGUUGGAAGCACAUGGCGUGGUUCAUUUGGACAUCAAGCCCUCGAAUAUCGUCAGAUUUCUAAAGGGUGAAAGAUGGCAGUGGAAGUUGGUGGACCUGGACUGUGCAGUAAGGGCUGGUGUUGCUGUGCGAUAUGGGGACGUCACCUUCACACCACCUUACAUGGCACCAGAACUGGCCAGAGCCUACCUGAAAGCGGGGCCUGGUAACGCCCAGCACUGCCCAGUGGUUCUGGCCGCGUCGAUGGACCUGUGGAGUGUCGGGAUCUGUGUGCUGGAGACUGUGUUCCUAUCGUCAUUGCUGACCGACCGAUACUUGCAACUGGAAAGAAGGACUGGCUGUGACAACGAAUUCUUGAGAUGGCUUGGUGAAGAACCCGGAGGGCUGAUCUUGCCAACCAUGUACGACGCGGCGCGCAGAAGAAGCCCAGAGUUGGCCGAUUUCCUGGUUGCCAUCUUGAAGAAGGACAGAUCCAAGCGCCUUGGAUCCGGGGCGGCCGCCGAAUGUCUGAAGCACGCAUGGUUUGAGCCGUGGCGAAAGAAGAUGCAGAUGACCACUGCACCGGUUCGACGUGCACAAAGUGUUCAGCAGCUGCCAUCCACAAGUACGCGCCCUGCUGACUUAGACAGCAGAGCGCGCCGCACCAGGUCCGACCUCGCCGACCAGCGAUCACAACUCGUACUGCCUCCUGUGCAUCGCAACCCAGCCUCGGCGUCAUGCGUGAUGAUGUGA